UUAAUCUAAGGUUUUGUGCGAAAUUGAUUCUGGAAUGCAUCUGGAAUGUGAGAUUUUGAUAAGAUCGGGCCGAAUUUAUUAAGAAUAGGGAAUCUUUCUUUUCUAUUGUAUUUUAGCGCAUAUAAACUCGCCAUUGUAGGUCAAUUUUAAUGUUAAUAAGUUAAUUUUAAGUUUGUUAAUUCGCAUUUCCAGAGACUAAAUACAAAAAAUCAUCGAAGUAAUCAACAAUGGCGUCGCAGUCGACCGGUGUAGUGGUACCACGAAAUUUUCGGUUAUUGGAAGAGCUGGAAGCAGGACAAAAGGGUGUAGGUGAUGGCACCAUCAGUUGGGGCUUAGAAAAUGACGACGACAUGACACUAACACAUUGGAAUGGCAUGAUUAUCGGUCCACCAAGAACUCCAUAUGAGAACAAAAUGUAUUCUGUUAAAGUAGAAUGUGGUUCAAAGUAUCCUGAUGAACCACCUUGUGCUAGAUUUAUAAGUAGAAUUAAUAUGAAUUGCAUUAAUGCAAAUUCAGGCAUGGUAGAUAGUAAACAAGUUCCGGUUUUGGCAAGAUGGCAACGCGAUUAUACCAUCAAGACUGUUCUUCAAGAGCUUCGCAGACUCAUGACACUUAAAGAAAAUAUGAAACUUACACAGCCACCGGAAGGUAGCAUUUUCUAGCCCUCAAAUCCACAAACGUCGCCAUUUGCCCCCGCGGCUGCCUGCCCCCUAAACAUCGAUUCUUGCAGAACCCAUUCUUGCUAUUUGUUAUAGUAUCCAUGUCAUGAAAAAAAGGUUUUAAAUCCUAUUUCUUUUUUUAUGACUGUUAUCUUCAGUUAAUAAGCAGGUAUAUAUUAUAUUGUUAAGUAACAACUAGAGGCAUGGUUAGGAAAAAUGGGGGAAAACGUAUGGGCGUCUAAUCUCUGUAUAGCUUCUCAAGUCAUAUUUGCCGAGGCAUAUUAGACAUUACUAUUCUUGUUACUGUCUAUAGAUUUACAAUGAAUCCAUAAAAAUCUUAUAACAUGCUACUAUUUAUAGUUUUGUUAUCCAUUUAUUAAAAAUCCUGAAUUCAAUUUGACAUUUUAGUGUUCCAUUAGGCCUGUGUAAUUAUUUUUUUCUUCAUAAUAAACCAUUUAAUGUAA